AUGGCUGGCGUCAACCUACAAGAAGUCCACGACUUCAUGAUCUCUAUCGCCAAACAAGCCGGUGAACGCAUCGUCUCCGCAAGACCAACGACUCAAGGCUCAGGAUCGAAGAAGAACUCGGUCGAUCUCGUCACCGAAACUGAUCGCGCCGUCGAGAACCUCAUUUCGACAUCCCUCCGCGAGAAGUAUCCAGACUAUGAAUUCAUGGGCGAAGAAACAUACAAGCCCGGCGACAAACUUACCGCAGCACCGACAUUCAUCUGUGACCCCAUCGACGGAACGACGAACUUUGUGCACCGAUACCCUUACGUUAGCAUUUCACUCGGUCUGGCGAUAGAGCGUGAGCCUACUGUAGGAAUCGUGUACAACCCAUUCACACAAACUUUGUACUCUGCGAUAAAAGGACAAGGCGCGUAUCUGAAUCAAACGACCAAAUUACCACUAUCACCACCAACGCCGCUGGAGACACUGAAUACCUGUUUGGUUGCUGUGGAGUGGGGCAGCGACCGGAGUGGGAAUGACUUCAAGGUCAAGAGUGAGACUUUCAAGAAGCUGGCAGCCACAAAGGAAAAUGGGGGUGGCAUGGUACAUGGGUUGAGAUCAUUUGGUUCGGCGGCGCUGAAUCUGUGUGGGGUUGCGAGUGGAGGUUUGGACAUCUACUGGGAAGCGGGAUGCUGGGCAUGGGAUGUUUGUGCUGGGUGGGUUAUCUUGAAGGAAGCCGGCGGCAUGGUGGUUGAUGCAAACCCGGGAAACUGGAAUCCAGAGGUUGAGGGGCAGAGGUAUCUUGCUGUACGAGGGGGUGAAGGACAAAAGGAAAUUAUUGAGGAGUUCUGGAGCUUGGUUGAUGGUGCCUUUGAGGUGGGUACGUAG